AUGAGAGUACUCGCCAUUUUCCAUCGGGGGGGAUCGAGGGCGUUCCCCGCCGCAGCGCCCCCCGGCUGCGCUUCGCUGCGCGCGUCGGUCGCGCGUCGACUCGACGGCCGCCGCCAUGCCGUCACGGCGCGAGCGGGAAGCGCAUGCACAGACAUAACUGCGGUAGGAGAGGUUCUCAUCUCUCGGCGAGGAUUCGUUGACGUGCCAGCGCGCGCUGCGGCCGCCCCUCCGCUUGCUUACGCUGCGGCCACUCAUUGCCACACUCGUCGAUGUGUGUGCCGCGCCUGUGUGGCGUCUGCCUCUUCGUCUUCAGAGAGUCUGGCGUCGAGUCGAGUCUCCCCACCUGCAGCUCCGCACUCUUCUCUCCCGAGGGGCGCCCGUCCUCUUCGCCGGUUUUUCUCCUCUUUUUCCACGGCAGCGGCAGAGUCUCGAGUCGGCGACAUGGGGAGAUUCAACACUGGGGGCGUCGCGGUGCCUCUGGGGGAGGCGGCGAACGCGUCCGCCGCCUCCCCGUUAUUGUCUUUCCCUGCUGUCUCCGAAGUCUUUUCCCGGUAUGAAAGUUCGUCUUUUCGCGAGCGCCUCGCCUUUCUUGCGCCGUCGCUCGGCAGCGACCCGCUUCGCGUCGCCCGGCGUCCUACCGUGUCGCUUCUCGCUCAGCUCCUACGCGGGCGUCUGCACCACCGGCAGGUCACCUCCUCGCUCCCUUCGGCAGUCGCCUCUGCGCCGCUGCCUUCGUGCCUCUCCGUUCUGUCUCCCUCCUCGCAUGCGUCGCCUGCGCUGGCGGAGCUGGAGGUCGCGCUCCUGAACAGCCGGCCGCCAGUCGGCUUCGAGAACUUCUUCCCCGACAGAAAGAGCAGGAAAGCCGGCAACGACGGGCCGCAAGCCGGCGAGGCGCACGAGGGCGCCGCGCCGAAGAAAGAGAGCUCGCGCGAGGAAGGCCGCGAAGACCGCCCCGCGAAAAACGACAAAGACGCGGCGCCCGGCGCCGAAACGCCGACGCCUCCUCCGCGCGCCGGCCUCUUUGGCAACUGGGGCUUCGGCGGCGCGCCUCCACAGAAGGGCGACGUGCGUUCGCGCGGAGACCGCCCGCAAGCGCCGCUUGGGGGUAAGAGCCCUGACGGGGUGCCGCCUGCGCUGAGGGCGCCCCGAGCGCGGCUUUACGGCAAGGCAGGCCAAGGCAGGUCCGACGAACAACGCGAGAAGGAGCGACUCGCUGAAGCGGAGAGAUUUCAGAUGCCGCCCAAGCCGCCGCGCCAGCCUCUCUCGCCUCCGCCUCCGCCCCCCCCGGGAAGCCUCGGUGCCCUGCAGCGAGAAAUGCUCAAACUCGUCGCCUGGUUCGGCCUCUCCUCCGUCUUCCUCUACAACCUACUCAGAUCCAGAAAACAGGAAAUGUCUAUGCAGGAGUUUUUGUCCAAGUACGUGGCGAAUGGCUUGGUGGAUCGCAUCGAGGUGCUGGGAGACCGCGGCGACUGUCGCGCGAUUGUGAAUCUCGCGCCGCUGCCGGCCUCAGGGGCUGCUGCCGCGACCAGCCUGGGGGAUUCGCCGACCGGACGGGGCCCCAGCGGAACCGCGUCGCUGUCGCCGCCGCGCUUCACCUCGCAUCCGCCCCCCGGCGUUGAGACAGGAUUUUUCCAGGCUCUGACGCUGCCGCCUGGGAAAGCCGUUGUGCGCUUCCGCAGCGGCCUGAGCGCCGAGAGCUUCAUCGAGAAAAUGGAGAGCUUCCAGACAUCUCUUGGCAUUCACCCUCGAGACUUCCUUCCGAUUCACAUCGGCGACCAGCAGGAAUUCCAUCUCUUCGACUUCCUCGGCUCGCUCUUCCUCUUCUUCCUCAUCGCCAACAUGAUCAGCGAAGUGAUCUUCAUGCGCCGAAUGAGGAAAGGCGGCAGUGGCGGGCCUGGAGCAGGUGGCGCCGCGGGCGGCCUGAACAGGCUCCUCGGGAACAGCGCGUCUCGUCGCGCGCGAGUGAAGGCUGAGACUGUCAAGGUUCGCUUCUCCGAUGUUGCGGGUCUGCACGAAGCCAAGCGCGAGAUUCUCGAGUUCGUUUCCUUUUUGAAGAAUCCGCAGUCGUUUCGACGCCUCGGCGCGAAGCUCCCGAAGGGCGCCUUGCUCGUCGGACCCCCGGGGACUGGUAAAACUCUCCUCGCGAAGGCUGUGGCGGGCGAGGCCGGCGUCCCAUUUUUCUCAAUGAGUGGAAGCGAGUUUGUUGAGAUCUUUGUCGGCGUUGGGGCGAGCCGCGUCCGCGAACUAUUCGAUGAAGCGCGCAAGGUUGCACCUUCGAUUAUUUUUAUCGAUGAGAUUGACAGUGUGGGCGCGAAGCGAAGCACUUCGUUUGGCAACAGCGAGAGGGACAACACGCUCAAUCAGCUGCUCGUUGAGAUGGAUGGUUUCAACCCCGACCAAACCGUCGUCGUCCUCGCAGGAACGAACCGAGAAGAUCUCCUCGAUGACGCACUGAAGCGCCCGGGUCGAUUCGACCGCCUCGUCCAGAUCCGUCGCCCUGACGUGAAGGAACGAAAGGAGAUCUUCAAGGUUCAUCUCAAGCCGCUGAGGCUCGCGCCGACGAUCGACUCUGUCGCCCUCGCGGAACGCAUGGCCGCGCUCACACCGGGAUUCGUCGGUGCGGAUAUCGCGAAUCUCUGCAACGAGGCCGCCAUCCAGGCUGCACGGCGGCGCUCGAAGCUUGGCGUUGAGCAGCAGGACUUUGAGUCCGCGACCGAGCGGACGAUUGCAGGCCUGCCUUCCGCCGUCAAGGACCUUCUCUCUCCCCAGCAGCGUCGCGCGAUCGCGUACCACGAGUGUGGUCAUGCCAUCGCCGGGUGGUUUUUGAAACAUGGAAACCCGGUGCUGAAGCUGACCAUCAUCCCGCGGAGCAGCGGCGCGCUGGGUUUUGCGCAGCAGAUGCCGCCGACUGUCGAGUUGCACGAAAAAGACGCUCUCCUGGAUCGCAUCGCCGUUCUGCUGGCCGGUCGAGCUGCAGAGGAAAUCUUCAUCGGCGCCAUAUCCAGCGGCGCGGCGGACGACAUUCAGAAGGCGUCUCGUCUGGCGCGGCUUUCAGUGAUGCAGUUUGGCAUGAACGAAACGCUUGGCUUGGUAGAUUACGGACUUCAGCAGCAGGGCGGCGAGCAGGCCUUCUAUCGUCCGUACUCCGAGCACACAGCGAAGCUCAUCGAUGAGGAAGUCCACCGAAUGGUGCAGGAACAGUACGAGCGCGCCAAGGCGCUGCUCAGAGAGCGCGAGAAGGAGGUGCAUGCGUUGUGCGAGCUGCUUAUGUCGCGGGAGAGCAUCACGUACUCGGAGAUUCUUGAGUGCGUAGGCCCUCGCCCGGUGCCUCCAGAUCCGCAGAUGGCUGCGUACAUCCAGGCGCUGCCCACGCGCCCGCUGCUGCCUGCGACGUCGCAGGAGAGCAGCAAGGAGGAGGAGCCGCAGGAGGAGAAGCGGGACAAGGACGACGACGAUCUGUCAGGCGGUCGACGCACGCUGGACGACAACGACGACGCCACGAUGCCUGAGAAAGUGAAGGAACAAGUCCGCAAGGCCGCGGAGGCCGUCGCAGCCCGCAAGCCCUCUUCGGGUCCGCUGGCGUGCAGAGUCCGCAACGGGCGCGACGAGACGCAGUGA